CUCCAUUUUUCAAUACAAACCCAUUAGAUCUCCAUCUUCCUUCUUCCCUUCAAUAGGGAAGUUCCCUCUCUACUUUGUGAGCAGGAAGGUUUCCUUCUCUGCCCCCACCAUGGCAUUCCCCUUCUCUCUCCUUCUCGUUGUCUUUUUCUUCCCCUUUUCGGAAUCCAAGCUCGCUCUCGACUACUAUAAGAAAUCAUGCCCUGAUUUUGAAAAGAUAGUGCGAGAGACGGUAACCACCAAGCAGAUGAGCAAUCCCACCACCGCAGCUGCUGCUCUUCGCCUUUUCUUCCAUGAUUGCAUGGUGGAGGGUUGUGAUGCCUCUAUCCUUGUUGCUUCCAAUGCCUUCAACAAGGCUGAACGUGAUGCAGACAUUAACCUCUCCCUCGCUGGAGAUGCUUUUGAUGUCAUUGUACGUGCCAAGACUGCUCUUGAGCUCUCCUGCCCUGGCAUCGUCUCCUGUUCUGACAUCCUUGCCCUUGCCACCCGUGACCUUGUCACCAUGGUUGGUGGUCCCUUUUACCCAGUCCGCCUGGGCCGCAAAGACAGCCUUAUGUCUCAGGUCUCCAGGGUUCAAGGCAACCUCCCUACAACUAACAUGACCGUGGAUGCCAUGAUCGGGUUCUUUGCGUCCAAAAGUUUCACAGUUCAAGAGAUGGUGGCACUCAUGGGUGCGCACACUAUUGGAUUCUCACAUUGUUCAGAGUUUGCUGAUAGGCUCUACAGCUACAGCAAAACUUUACCAACUGAUCCUGCAUUUCACCCUAAGUAUGCUGAAGCAUUAAAGAAAUUGUGUGGCAAUUAUACAAAGAAUCCUUCAUUGUCAGCUUUUAAUGAUGCUAUGACACCGGCCAAGUUUGAUAAUAUGUAUUACCAGAAUCUGCAGAGAGGGAUGGGGCUUUUGACAUCAGAUGGUGUUCUUUUCAAUGACCCUAGAACAAAGUCAUUUGUGCAGUUGUAUGCUAAAAACCAGAUUGCAUUUUUCAAUGAUUUUGCUCAUGCAAUGGAAAAGCUUAGUGUGUAUGGGAUUAAGACUGGGAACAAAGGAGAAGUGAGGCACCGGUGUGAUGCUUUUAACUCAAUUCAGACUUAGGACUUAUCACUUAUCACUUAUUCUGGUUUCGCUGAUGGCCAUGGAAAUGAUCAGAAGGGAGAAUUUUUUUUUUUUUUUCUAUAAAUUAUUCUGUGUGAUGAUCAUAGGAUAAUUCAUUUAUUUGGUGCCAUGAUGGGGAAGACCUUGAUUGCCAUAUGAAUUUCAAUUUGUGUCAUGCAGAAGUAUGUAAUUUGACUGUAUGUAACGUGAUCUAUAUUAGAUCAACGAGAUUACCUCUUGAAAGGAUGGACUGCCUUCAUUUUUUCCCCAUCCGGUAAUUAAGAAGUGCAUGAUUUGUUGAGGACUUAGUCAUCAAACUUUCCAUGAAGGAGUUAGAAUGAAUUGUUAUGAAUCUGUUCAUUAAAUUUCUUCUGUAAAUGAUGUGGCAGCACUUAGGUAAUUCUAAUAGCAAAAGUUUUCUCAACCCUUCCUCAUGCAAUCUAUAAAUGGCUGGUCUGUUU